AUGGAGUUCAUCAUAGCUGAUGCCUCACUCACUGAGUUCAAUUUCACAAGCGACAACACUUUAUACUAUAAUUUUAAGCUCAAUAUUUCUGUGAGAAACCCGAACUUCGAAAACGAGUAUAUGGGCCCGAUCCAUGCAAUUUCUUCUUAUAAAGGUAAUAAAUUUGCUGAGGCGGAUAUGAAAUUCUGUAAGCUAUAUGGCAGAACUACCAAUUUACUUAAGCCUGUCAUGUUUUACGGGAACAGUUUGAUCAAACUCAAUACUCAAAAACUUAUUGAGUAUGAUAAUGAGUCACGGUUGGGAAUUUUUAAUUUAGAUUUGAAAUUAAAUAAUCAAUAUGUUUAUUGUCUUGGUUUGAAAGUUCCUUUGAUUUCCAAUGAAAAUUUAAAAUCUACUUUCAAUGUUACCAAAUGCUCCCGUGAGUACCAAGGAUUGAGCUAG